UGCAAAACGGCACCGUUUAUUAAAACAUGCACAAGCUGUGAGGGAGUGAAGGACACGGCUAAUUUGCUUGCUUGUGAUGCAGGCAAUCGAAUCCCAUUAUAUUGAAGAGGAAAAGCAUUUGUAUCGUGUAGGAAUCAGAAACCAAACUCUCUGAAGUUUCCUCCCCAAAUCAAAAACCCUUUAAUUUUAUAAUCCUAUAAAUAUCUCUUUUUUCUCUUUCUGAUUGGGACUCUUUGUCCUUUUCCCGUUUAAUCACUCAAUCAAUCAGCUUUUCAAUUCGUCUCUGGAACACCAAUUGAUUUCGUGUUCGGGAGUCACCGUACCACGGGUUUCGCCAUGGCCAAAACAGCAUUCAAGCUCGAACAUCCAUUGGAAAGGAGGGUGGCAGAAGCUGCUCGAAUCAGAGAGAAAUAUCCCGAUAGAGUACCUGUGAUUGUGGAGAAGGCUGAAAGAAGUGACAUUCCUGACAUUGAUAAAAAGAAAUACCUUGUUCCAGCUGACUUGACCGUUGGUCAAUUUGUUUAUGUGGUUCGGAAAAGGAUUAAGCUUAGUGCUGAGAAGGCUAUAUUCGUCUUUGUGAAGAACACCCUACCUCCCACUGCUUCCUUGAUGUCUGCAAUCUACGAGGAAAACAAGGAUGAAGAUGGUUUUCUUUACAUGACUUACAGUGGAGAGAACACCUUUGGAUCCCUCUGAGAGCCUUGAUACCAGUAAAUAAAACUUGGAAGGUGUAAAUUCUUUGCUGUCUCUCUUAAAGCUCUCUCUUUCCUGCUUGUCGAGUGUAGUUUAGUUUGACCUUAAUUUGGAUUAAUUUAUGCUGUAAGCGAUUUGAACUUAUUUGGUAUAAUUACCAUGGAAUUUGUAUCUAUGGAAUCGAUUGGUCAGUAA